CGAGCACCGUGCGCGAGAACAACAAACGUCAAAGUGCACGAACCUGUCCUCUGCUGGCUGCAGGCAAAAAUCUUUCAAAAGUUUUCUGAUGAACGUGAAAGUGUCCUCCAGUGCUGUGGAAAAUUGCUAAUUUACACCUGUAAAUCCGGAACCAAAAUGUCCAACAACGCAGCCCAUCGGCAUCGGUAUAAAAAUGUUGGCCUGGACUCGACAGAGAUGCGUCGACGGCGUGAAGAGGAGGGCAUCCAGUUGCGCAAGCAAAAGCGCGAGCAGCAACUCAUCAAGCGGAGAAAUGUGAACGUCGCAGAUGAGCUUGACCAGGACGCCAUUCUAGCUGAUGAACCCCAGACGACCGACACGCAUCCCCUGAUCAAACCGGAAACCAUCCAAGCCCUGUACAGUGCUACGGUGGAAGACCAGCUGGCAGCUACACAGAAGUUCCGGAAGCUGCUCUCCAAGGAACCGAAUCCCCCGAUAGAUCUGGUCAUUCAGCAUAAUAUAGUUCCGCGGUUCGUCGAAUUUCUGGCUAACACAUCCAACUCGACGCUGCAGUUUGAAGCUGCCUGGGCCUUGACCAACAUCGCUUCCGGCACGUCAGAGCAAACCAGCGUCGUGAUAGGAGCCGGCGCCGUUCCGAUCUUCAUCAAACUGCUGGAAAGUCCUCACAUCGACGUACAGGAACAGGCCGUCUGGGCGUUGGGCAAUAUUGCGGGUGAUUCUCCCGAGUGCCGGAACUUUGUUCUGGACGCCGGCGUGCUGGAACCACUGCUACAUGUUCUGAACUCGUCCACCCGGUUAAAUCUAACACGGAAUGCAGUUUGGGCCCUGUCCAACUUGUGUCGCGGAAAGAACCCCCCACCAGAUUUCUCCAAGGUGGAGAAAGGGUUACCCAUUUUGGCCCGGUUGAUGUUCCACAGCGAUGUGGAAGUUCUGGGCGAUGCCGUUUGGGCUGUGAGCUAUCUAUCCGAUGGACCGAACGAUAACAUUCAGGCAGUUAUCGAGGCCGGUUGCUGUCGGAGGCUGGUCGAAUUGUUGCUACACAACAAUAACAACGUGGUUUCGGCGGCCCUGCGGGCAGUCGGCAACAUCGUCACCGGCAACGACACCCAGACACAGCUAAUUCUCAACUGCAAUGCCUUACCGUGUAUCCAGCAGCUACUCAGUUCGCCAAAGGAAACCAUCCGGAAGGAGGCCUGCUGGACCAUCUCGAAUAUAGCGGCCGGCAAUCGGCAUCAGAUCCAGGCCGUCAUCGACGCCAGCAUCUUCCCGAGCAUUAUCGAUCUGCUGUCGAAGGCGGACUUCAAGACACGGAAAGAGGCGGCCUGGGCGAUCACGAAUGCCACCAGUGGUGGUACUGUGGAUCAGAUCAAAUACUUGGUUCAAGCAGGCUGUGUACCUCCCAUGUGUGAACUGCUCACCGUGAUGGACCCGAAGAUUGUGACGGUCGCCCUGAACGGAUUGGAGAACAUACUCAAGGCAGGCAACCAACACAAGGUCAAACCAAACCCCUAUGCCGUUCUGAUUGAGGAAUGCUACGGUUUGGACAAAAUCGAAUUCCUGCAGUCGCAUCAGAACACCGAGAUCUACGAGAAGACCUUCAACAUCAUCCGGACGUACUUCAGCAAUGACGAGGAGGACGUGGCCGUCGCCCCGUCCACCGAGAACAAUCAGUUCCAGUUCAACGCCGAUCAAUCUGUGCCAAUGGACGGUUUCCAGUUCUAGGUAGCAUCACCACAGUUCUACGUUUAGCUUUACCGUUCUUCUUCUGAGUAUGCAAAAACAACCCCUGACUCUGUUUUCCUCUAAUACCGUGUACACAUUGUACACAGACACAUUGUUCGGCGUUCGAGCGGUUCCGUUGUUGGUUCCGGUUGAUCAAAAAACAAUAACGCGAUGUAGAUACCCGGAGACACAAACAAGCAUGGUGGUGACGAUGACGAAUAAUCCUCAACUAGAAAUCCGGAACUUGAUGCAGACAUUCAACCAGAACACAUUCACAAGACUUUUGUGUCCUAGAUGUGCUUGUGAUUACAACGACGAUCACUAGACUCUACUAGACUCUUCCAGAUUGUCCCGAAGACUUUUUCGAAUACCUAAAAUUGGAUUACCGACUUCGGUUUUAAGAUUUCGGUUCGGUUCGGAAAAAAAUGUACCGAAGACUUGUAAGACUUUACCCAAGUUCGGUAAUGUUACUUUUACCGAUCUAAUAUAUUUCAAUGUUGGUAAUUUAUUUUAGUGUGUUACUUGACCCGACCAUUGACAAAUUGAAAAAGGUUAACAACCUUGCAUAAAUUACUAGACGAUCCAUUGUAGGAACAAUCUAUAGAACCACCAACAGAUGACAUUCACCCGAUGGUCAGAACAUAAUGAUGGCCUUUUGCAAUUAACCACCUUUUUUCGAGACCAACACUUCCCUUGAAGACGGAAUAACCUAUAGAAAUAUUAUCCUUUAGCAAGCCGAUAAAGUAACUAUAUAUUUGGGACACAUCUAAAAUAUGAUACAGGCAUUUGUUCUCCCUCGUCCAGGCUUGUGUGGUUUGGAGGAUAUCCCCUUGUUUUCCGUGUGGGGAAAGAGCUUACAGGGGGAAGCUUUCUCGUUCGCGGACAAAUUCCCAAAACAACCAACCAACCACACACACACAUCAGAAAUCAAGCAAAACUACCCGUAAAACAACAUGAUAUUUGACUAACAAUACAAAAAAAUGAAAAUGUGAUUAGUGUUUAAUAGAGAGGUAUGAUUUGAUAAAGGAAACCCGAAAUAAACACAGUGUGCAAAACACAGACAAGUAACCAGGAA